AAGCACGCCACCCCUCCUCCCUUCGCUUCCCCAGCUGGCAUAUCAGAGACGAGAGAGCGCUCCCUAAUUCCAUUCCAAUCUCGUCCCCUCGUCAUCGAUCGAUCCUUCUAGAAGCGUGAGGAGGGAGAGAGACCGAUGGCACCCACGGCGGCGGAGCAGGGCGGGCACCCGCAGCACACGAAGAAGGCGGUGGGGCUCGCCGCGCGCGACGCCUCCGGCCACCUCUCCCCGCUCGCCAUCACCCGGAGGAGCACUGGGGACGAUGACGUGGCGAUAAAGAUCCUGUACUGCGGGAUCUGCCACUCGGACCUGCACAGCAUCAGGAACGAGUGGGCGAACGCCACGUACCCGAUGAUCCCAGGGCACGAGAUCGCCGGCGAGGUGACAGAGGUGGGCAAGAACGUGACCAAGUUCAAGGCCGGCGACCGCGUGGGCGUCGGGUGCAUGGUGAACUCAUGCCAAUCAUGCGAGAGCUGCGACGUCGGCUUCGAGAACCAGUGCCCGGGCAUGAUCUUCACCUACAACUCCACGGACCGCGACGGCACCUGCACCUACGGCGGCUACUCGAGCGCCGUGGUGGUGCACGAGCGGUUCGUGGUCCGGUUUCCCGACGCCAUGCCGCUGGACAAGGGAGCGCCGCUGCUGUGCGCCGGCAUCACCGUGUACAGCCCCAUGAAGUACCACGGCCUCAACGUGCCCGGGCUGCACCUGGGGGUCCUGGGCCUCGGCGGGCUCGGCCACGUGGCGGUCAAGUUCGGCAAGGCGUUCGGGAUGAAGGUGACCGUGAUCAGCUCGUCGCCCGGGAAGAAGGAGGAGGCCCUCGGGCUGCUCGGCGCCGACGCCUUCGUCGUCAGCAAAGACCCCGAAGAGAUGAAGGCAGCGAUGGGCACCAUGGAUGGCAUCAUCAACACGGUGUCUGCAAACGUUCCCAUGGCCCCUCUGUUUGGGCUGCUGAAGCCCAACGGCAAGAUGAUCAUGGUCGGCCUCCCUGACAAGCCCAUCGAGGUCCCUGCCUUCGCCCUCGUUGCUAAGAACAAGACCCUGGCCGGGAGCUGCAUCGGCGGCAUGGCCGACACGCAGGAGAUGCUGGACAUUGCGGCGAAGCACGGCGUGACGGCGGAGAUCGAGGUGGUGGGAGCGGACUACGUGAACACGGCCCUGGAGCGUCUCGUCAAGGCCGACGUUAGGUACCGCUUCGUCAUCGACAUCGCCAACACCCUCGACAAGGUCGCCGGAGCCGCCGCAGAGUGAUACCAGUGCUGCUCCUGCCUGCCUGCCAACGUCGUUCGCUGGUCUCUGCUUACAAACUAUAGGAAUAAACAGUCUCCAAAUUGUUGUCAGUGAUGUCGCAGUGUAGUGUUUUGUGGUUGUGUCUAGAACGCCGGCGAGUAAGACGAAAAUCUGUGACGCUGAUGUAGAAACAUAAUGGGUGGUCAUAUGUUGUAGACAUUGUUCUUUUCUUUGUGGGAAUUGAUGGGAGGAUUUUACUUCUUGCGGUCA